GGAAGGCCUGGACUGUCCCACAGGAUGGAGAUCCUCUGGACAAUCGCGCUUUUUCUGCUGGGAGCAGUCAAAGCAAAGGAAGUUUGCUAUGAACAAAUCGGGUGCUUUUCUGACUCGGAACCCUGGGCCGGGACUGCUAUCAGACCCCUGAAAGUUCUCCCCUGGAGCCCUGAGAAAAUCGGCACCCGCUUCCUGCUCUACACCAACGAGAACCCAGACAACUUUCAGACUCUUCUUCUCUCUGAUCCAUCAACCAUUGAGGCAUCAAAUUUUCAAACAGACAGGAAGACCCGGUUCAUCAUCCAUGGCUUCAUAGACAAGGGAGAAGAGAGCUGGCUGCUGGACAUGUGCAAGAACAUGUUCAAGGUCGAGGAGGUGAAUUGCAUCUGUGUGGACUGGAAGAAAGGUUCCAAAACCACGUACACGCAGGCCGCCAACAACGUGCGGGUGGUGGGCGCGCAGGUGGCCCAGUUGCUCGGCAUGCUCUCGGCAAACUAUAGCUACUCCCCUUCCCAAGUCCACCUCAUUGGCCACAGCCUGGGAGCCCACGUGGCUGGAGAGGCAGGGAGCAGGACUCCAGGCCUGGGCAGGAUUACAGGGUUGGAUCCUGUAGAAGCAAGCUUCCAGGGUACUCCUGAAGAGGUUCGACUGGAUCCCACCGAUGCUGACUUUGUUGAUGUGAUUCACACAGAUGCAGCCCCCCUGAUCCCCUUCCUGGGUUUUGGAGCAAGCCAAGAGAUGGGUCACCUUGACUUCUUCCCCAAUGGAGGAGAAGAAAUGCCAGGAUGCAAGAAGAAUGCCCUGUCCCAGAUCGUGGACCUAGAUGGCAUUUGGGAAGGAACUCGGGACUUUGUGGCUUGCAAUCACCUGAGAAGUUACAAGUAUUACUCAGAGAGCAUCCUCAACCCUGAUGGGUUUGCUUCGUAUCCCUGUGCUUCCUACAGGGCCUUUGAGUCUAACAAAUGCUUUCCUUGCCCAGAUCAAGGGUGCCCCCAGAUGGGCCACUACGCUGAUAAAUUUGCCAGCAAAACAAGUGGCGAGCCACAGAAAUUCUUCCUGAACACAGGGGAUUCCAGCAAUUUUGCUCGCUGGAGGUACGGGGUUUCUCUAACACUGUCUGGGAAAACAGCCACAGGUCAGGUCAAAGUUGCUCUGUUUGGAAGUAAGGGAAACACUCAUCAAUUUAGUGUCUUCAGGGGGAUUCUCAAACCAGGCUCUACCCAUACCAAUGAGUUUGAUGCAAAGCUCGAUGUUGGAACGAUUGAGAAAGUCAAGUUUCUCUGGAAUAACCACGUGGUAAACCCAACCUUCCCCAAAGUGGGCGCGGCCAAGAUCACGGUGCAGAAAGGAGAUGAGAAGACAGUGCACAGCUUCUGCAGCGAAAGCACGGUGAAGGAGGACGUUCUGCUCACCCUCACACCCUGUUAGCGUCCAGGUGCCAUCCGGUCACUGUGUUACAGCAAUAAAACCACUGAUGCAUCUACCCACUCACAACGUCUGUCACUGACGUCAGCUGGCCCCUGGGGACAUUAGGGAGUCGAUCGUUUAAGUCCCAAGUGUUUCCAGACAUUUG